CCCCCUUCCCGCUGUCGUUGGUGCGGCCGCUCUGUUUGGGCUGAGGCGAAGGGAAGAUGGCGGCCGUCCGAAGCUUGCAGGUCUCGGUGAAGUCAGAAGCUGGGUCCGAUCGCUCAGAGUCAGAUUCUGAAUCCGACUCGGACCGGGAUUCCCGCGAACCGGAGCCAAUGGAGGUAGAAGAAGGUGAACUGGAACUGGAGUCCAUUCCGGUCCGCCGGUCACUGAAGGAGCUGUUACCGGACACCAGCCGGCGCUACGAGAACAAAGCUGGGACCUUCAUCACGGGAAUCGAUGUCACCUCAAAGGAGGCCGUGGAGAAGAAGGAACAGCGGGCCCGGAGGUUCCACUUCCGCGCCGAGGUCAACCUGGCCCAGAGGAACGUGGUGCUGGACCGGGACAGGAUGAGGAAGGCUGUGCCUAAAGCGCGCUUGGAGGCUCUGCACGUGACUGGAGUUGAUGAGAUGAGCACUCAGGACGUGUUUGGCUACUUCAAGGAGUAUCCCCCCGCCCACAUCGAGUGGAUAGACGACACCUCCUGUAAUGUGGUGUGGCUUGAUGACGUCACCUCAACCCGAGCCCUCAUCAACAUGAGCCGCAUGCCGGACCCCGCCGCCAGCAAGGCCGACCCGGAGGAGAGCGCCCCCACACGGAGCGGGAGGGACCGGCGAGGAAGGGACUCGGACGAGGAGGCGGAGGAAGGGGAGGUUGAGGAUGAUGAGGAUGAGAAGAGCAGCACUGGCAGUGCGGGGAAGCCCAGCGACAGUGAGGAAGAGUCGGAGAAGAAGCCCGCUCCUGAAAUCACAGAGACUGACGAGCUGUCCCAGGCCGAGAGAGAGUCGCUCCUCCGAAAUGACCUGCGGCCCGCCACCAAACCCUUCAAGGGGAACAAGCUGUUCCUGAGGUUUGCCACUCAGGAUGAUAAGAAAGAACUGGGCGCCGCCCGGCGGAGCCAAUACUACAUGAAAUAUGGGAACCCCAACUACGGGGGGAUGAAGGGAAUCCUCAGCAACUCCUGGAAGCGGCGCUACCAUUCCCGGCGGAUCCAGCGGGACGUCCUGAAGACCAAGAAGAGCCUCAUCGGAGACAGCGUGGGGCUGACCCCGCCAUACAAACACCGCCACUCCGACCUGGUGAACCUCCCCGAGGAGCCCAUCGAGGAGGAGGACGAGGAGGAGGACAUGGAUGAGGACGAGCGGGUGGUGGAGUACCGGGACGAGAAGGAGCGGGAGAGGGGGCCGCGGGGCCCCGCCGCCGGCCGGCGCCGGUCCAGUUCGGCGUCCUCGGCCUCUGACUCGGACGAGAUGGACUACGACCUGGAGCUGAAGAUGAUCUCCACUCCCUCGCCCAAGAAGAGCAUGAAGAUGACCAUGUACGCUGACGAGGUGGAGUCCAAGCUGAAGACCAUACGAAACUCCAUGAGGGCCGACGGCGUUUCCGGCAGCAACAUUAAGAACCGGAUCGGAACCGGGGCCAAAGCCCCGCGGGAGAAGGUGACGGACAUCCGGCUCCUGCUGGAGGAGAAGCGGCAGAACCAGGCACAGCAGCAGACGUCGACCAGCUCAGCCAAAACAGAUGUCCGACAGCGUCUGGGAAAGCGGCCCUACUCUCCCGAAGGCCGGCCGAGCAAGGUGAUGGUCAGCCCGGCCCCCCUUCCGCGCAGAGAACCCCUCACUGACGUCCACAGCAGGCUGGGGACCUCCAAGCUCGACCCCCAAGGGCACUUCUCUGAGAGCAGCAAGGAGAAGAAGCCAGCAGGCAGCCUGUGGAGCAGGCUGGGCCCCAGCCAGAAGGAGAGGGCGCCGGGGAGGAAGCAGGGGCGGACGGCGAGCGCGGGGCUGGAGGACGAGAGCUCGGCGUCGGGGGCCGAGGAGGAGGACUCGGAGCUGCAGCGGGUCUGGGGCGCCAUGAUCAAGGAGAAGGAGCGCUCCCACAAGAAGAAGAGCCGGCUGGACAACCUGCCCUCGCUGCAGAUCGAGAUCAGCAGGGACAGCAGCAAUGGCUCGGACAGCGACUCCUGAAGGGGGGCGCCGGACUGACAGUCAAGCCCUCAGCUGCCUGCUGCCCGCCCCCUCACACCGGGUACAGACUCUGCCACUGUGGCACCAACGCCCACGCGCCAGCACUCAGUCAAAGACCGCGGAGACCCGAGAGACACUGAGCAGGACUCGAGACACUCGCCACUCACUUCCAGUAGUUUUCUAUCAGGUUCUUGUGUAGUGGCUCCCAUAAGUGCUUUUAUACCACUGGCUCAUGUAGUCUAGGAGUCCCUGUCUGUGUACACCUCGUCCCAGAAUAACAGUGCUGAUUGUUUCUAAUACAGCUUUGGAGUGAGUAUUGUGUGUGUCCAUCCUGUGCUUCUGGUCCCCUUUAAAACGCCAGCAACAUCUCCAGUUAGCAGUUGUGUACCUGGUGUGUAGCUCCUCACUGGAGUUACAGUCCAGAUCUGCACCACACAGAUGUAGCCAAUCGCUCUCCCGCCAGUCCUGAUCACGGGGAGGAUACACGUUUGGUCAGAGAGGACUGUGUGUAGAUAACAGAUGGCAUUACAGUUGUUACCCCGUUAUCAUAGUUUCCUCAGGAGGGCUCCCCGUUGAAGCCUUCAUCCCCUGAGGUCUUGAAAGGGAAGAUGUUUCUGUAGUAGUGUGGCCUGAGUGGGUUCAGCAGUAUCCAGGGAACUGUUUGCAGCAGGGAGCUGAUCUCCAGCCCUCAAGGGCCACCGGAUUCUCUGGGUUUCAUUCCCUUUCUCUUUCCACGUGAGCUGUUUGGAUAAUGAUAAUGACCUCACACCUCCUGCAUCCUGGGUUCGAUCUAGGGCUGUAUCUGGGCCUUCUGUGUGGAGUCUGCAUGUUCUGUGUAUUCUGUAGAUUUUUUUUUUAGGUGUGCAUGUUUCUUUCCAAAUCCCAGAGUCACGCAUGUCAGGUUUCUUGACAGGCGUGUGUUCAAACAGAGUGCACACAUUGGCCCGGUGAAGGACUGGCAUCUUCUGGGAUAGGGUCUGGGUUGUGGUGACCCGUACCAGAAAUAAAUGGCUUUCUGGAGACAGUCUGGUUUUCAGUUUUAAUCUCUCGGUACUCUACCAGUGCACACAGAACUGGAGUGAAAAUUAGAUUAAUUACACACAGGCACACACUCACACCAUGGAAAACUUUCCCAGAAGCCAAUUAGCCUGCCCAUAUGCCUUUGCAGGGUGGGAAGAAACUGGAGCACCCAGAAGAAACGCAGGUGACCAUAGGGAGAACAUACAAACUCCAUGCAGACAGCACCCCAGUUCUGGAAUUGACCCCAGGACUCCAGCACUUUGACACAGCAACGCUGGCGACUAUACCUCCCCCUACUUCAAUACUUACAAUCUAGAUUGUGUUAAUCCUGCUGAUUAUCUGUUAAUUAAGCAGAUGGAUCAGACCACAGUGACUCCUGCAGUGAGGUGGGCUGAAGCAAGUGGAAGUUGUGCCCCUGACCUAAGCAAACCUAAAAAAAAAAGAUUUGAAAACUUUGAGACUUUGAGAGCUUUCAGGGGUCACAAGUCCGCCAGCAGUGGGGGCUUCUGGGAAGUCCCAUUGCAGAGCUGCACCCACAGUCUUUUCCCUGGAGCCACUAGUGGGCUGUGCCUUUCUUCCCACUUAAUCUGGCGAAGGCGGUGUAGAGAUCUCCGUGUCCUGUGAGUCCUCGGCUCUUGGCCUUCUGUGUGGCUGGAGCUGGUGGGGGUGUCGGCCGUUCGGCGGAGAUGUUGAAGGGCUCUGUGACUGAAGCGCAGGCUGUCUUUGUCUUGUGAGUCGAGCCUUAAACUGGACAUCCUCACUCCGGAUCACUGAUCCUGCUGGGGGAAAUUCUAGGCUCACUCUUCUAUAGUCACGUUUCUCCAGGCUUGACGUAACGAUUUUUUUUUUACAUUCAAACUACGAGAUGCUGAAAUGUAGCUUUUCCACAGAAGCAAAGAAUUCCCUGGGUUUUGCUUUCACGCUGGUUUCACGGUGCAGUCUGUGAGUCAGUCGAUGAUAGUGUAGCUCCCGGAAAGUGGAGUGUGUUUGUGUGUCACUCACCCCUUGUUGAUCCACAGUUGAGUGGGCCAGCACUCAGUCUGGCUGCCCCCUGUCUUGCCUCAUGUAUUGAUCAGGGUUUGUGUCCUCUGACCUUCGUGUGUGUGUGUCUGGGGUGGGAGGGGACCUUCUCCAGAGCCCUGGCAUAGGGGAACUUCAUGGUCACACAGCUGGGGAAGGGGCAUUAGUACCAAUUUGCCUGAGCUGGACCAAUAUACCACUGCAGGGCAAAAGUAAACAGAACUGGGCAAGAAGGUUGCUUAUUCAUCAGAUUUUAAAGCCAGGUUUUGUCCUUUUUUUCACCCCUUUGGUACUGCUCUUGGUUUAAGUGUGAUAUCACAUUUCCUGUACGAGAAACACUUCUAUUUUAAACAUUCUGUAAUCCUAGAGCAUUUGAUCUGUGCUGUGGUUUGACCAAACGUGUGUAAUAGCAUUGUUAAUUCCAUUGUGCUGCAUUUAUAAAACAAGGUGUAGACUUUU